CUUUUGUAACUAAAACUCCGUUUUGACAUCACACUUAACUAUUCUCAUCAUAAUCUAAAACACCAUCGAAAACGAAAUAACAAAAUCAACAAAUACUUACAAAAAAAAAAAUAAAUAAAUAAAAAUAAAACAAGUUAAUCAAACAAUAAAACCCAAAAACAAAAUCGCGCACGAUUAAGAUAAAGUAAUAAACUGAUCUGAAAACUUUGGCAGAUGUUAUAGUGGAGGAAUAAAGAAAUUGAAUAAUUUCUUGUUCUCUAUAUUUUGAACAAUCACAGUAAAAAAACUCAUACAGUUCAUCAAUUAAAAAGUUCAUAAUUUUAAAAUAGCUAGCGGCCAAUACGUAAAGUUUGUGGAUCAAAUUAUUGUGAGAAAGUGCUUAAACGUACGCGCUCGUACGCGAGCUUUCUGGCUUAAUUUUUUUUUUGGUGAAGACCAGACAAAUAAACCGUAACGUCACUAAUUUAUUUAAAAAUAUUACUCUCAAUACUCAAUAAUUUUUGAAGUAGCAAAUUUGUUAGAUAUAAAAGUUUAUCACUGGAAAAAAUAUAACAACUUAAGAAUCUCAAAGCAGACAAAUCCAAUUGGGAAGAAUUUGUGCGUACAAAGUAAAUUAAAUAGAUACUGUCUGUUAAGAUACUGUGCCACAUGGAAACUGCAAAUAGUUAAAUGAUAAAAGUUGCAAAACUUAAAUACAUCAUUUUAUUUCUGUGAACUCAUAAAAACAUUCCGAGGUACGACACUACUGACAAACUUAAAAAAUAUUGUCAUCGCCAGAAUUUCGAAUGCUGUUUACAAUACAAAAUAUUUAAAUAAAAUUUAAAAAACAAAGUAACUACGCAAACAUCGUCCAGUGUCAAAAAAUCUAUCUAACGUCAGAAGUAAAAAAGUGGUGCAUACCCCUCUCAGUUUGGGAGGCAGCAGAUUCUAUUAAAUUGAUCCCAAACCCUUAAAAACAAAGUUAUUGAAAUAAACACUCCUUAAACACAGAUCCUCUAAAAAUCAUUAACACUUCAAUACAUUCAUGCAGAUGCGAGAACUGUCCAAACUUUAAAAAUUCUGAACCACAAUAAAAAGCAAAAGCAACACAACCAGCAACAAAACAAAAAAAAAAAACAACUGAAAAGAAAAGUUUUAAAGUACAAAACGUAAUAAGAAAAGAAUUAGUUACAAAACAAACAUUAAUAUUAAUUAUAAAAAGAAGAAACUUUCAGAAUAGAAAAUUAAGAGUGUUGUGAAAAGAAAUGUAAAACACAAAAAUUAAACAUUAAGACAACAAUAAAUAAAAGCAAACAAAAUAAAAAACGAUUCACGACAAAUUAAUAACAUAAAAAUUGGGUAACGUGGAAGUGAAAUAAAAACCAAAACACAGAUAACGUAGCUUUGUAUUCGGAGGUAUAUUUUAUGAUAACUAAGUGCGUAAAGUGAGAAAACCAAUAUAAAAUAAAUGAAAUACGGUCGUCAAAACAACGGUGAAAAUAUGGUUUAUCUAUUACCCACUCCUGGCAAUUAGCCGGCAUAAUUCCUUUUCGUCAACAAAUAAAUGCCUAUUAUGACAAGGUGUUUCGAUGAAAGAUAUAUGUAAACGCUUUUGAAAUUUUCCAAAAAAUUUAAUCAGUUUGUACCGAUUGAAUCGAAAAUAAAAACUGGAGUAAGUGCAUGACCAACGAAGCGGUUUAUUUAAAAAAGUAUAUAAAUAGAAGAUAGCAGAUAAUAACUAAAACUACGAUUCGUUCGAAGUAACUGUAGAAAACUAGUUGAACCGAAAGCUGCACUGAAUGCAGUAUACAAUUAAUAAGUAAUUGUAACGUAACAACAAUGAUUUACACCAUUCUUCAAAAUAACAUGGCAAAUUAAGAAAUUUUCAAUAAGAACAACUUUAUUAUUUAACUAGGAGUGCAGGAACCGAAAACAGUAACCCAAAAAUAUAUUUCCAAAAACAGAACUCAAAUAUUAUUAAGUUCACUUUUAUGUGUGAAUAAAUCAUAUGUUUUACAAUAAUAACAACACAACUGAUCAACUUCAAAUAACUAGUGUAUAAAGAUAGUUAUAAAUAUAUGAAUUAGCAACGAAAUUCUUAAAUAACUACUCCAUAAAAAAUCAUAGUUUUGAAAAAAAAAAUAAACUAAUAAUAAAUAAGCGGACGAUAGAAAGUAGGAGGGCCAUUUGUUGGCGAGCACUAGCUACGCUUACUCAGAACACCCCACACGGAGAUAAUCAAGCAAAGAUCCGGGAACCAAUCGUGACAAAAGUGGAAAAGCGGAACUAAUUUAGACAGACUGCAGUAACAAAUCGAUGAAAUUUAUAAUAUAUAUUAAACAGGAAAUAAAAUAAAUAAAUAAAUUUAUUAAAAACGGAUGUUUGCGCAUGUGAAAGUGUCUAGUACCUAUUGUGUGCUUGUGUAUGAAUGAUACUAUGCAUCAUAACGAAAUAAGACAAAAUUAAAUAAAAUAAACUGUUUAUAAAGAACAACAAAACACAAACAAAAAUUCAAAGAAAGAUAUAACAACUCUGUGAUAAUUAUUGUAAAUUUAUAAUAUAAACUUUAACAAAAAGUAAGGAAUAUCAACAAAAACAAAGAUUAUUAUUACAAAACAGCAACAAAAGAAAUUUUCGUUAAAUUAAAUUGAAUUAAUUACUAGAAGUAAAACUAAAAUUUAAAAUAUAGACGUAAAACUACAACACAAAAUAGAAGCAACUAAAGCAAAUGCAAAUGAAGAUAAUGAAACAUUGAAACAAAUUCGUGAUAUCUUAAAGGACUUCGAUACAUAUAUACUAUAGUAUAUUAUUAUAUUAUAUUUUAUAUUAAUUAAGUGAAUAAUAUUAAGCUUAUAUAUAUAAGCAAAACAGACUUAAAACGCAAAAAAUAAAAUAACAAAAUACAAAAUCAUUAUCUGAGCAGCUAGUGCAGUAUAAGAAGCACUGGGACAAACUGGAGUACUGCGAGCAAAUGAGCUAAGGACUGUCGUAAUAUAUGAUUAAAGAAAGACUUUGAUAAAUUUAAAGCUUAGAACAGUAGAUAACAAUAACAUAAAACAAAAUAACAGCAACCAGUAACCAAACAACAAAAAAAAAAAAAUUCAAACAGCGAAUAGGCAGCAAAGCUAUUAAAGGUCAACUUUGAAAUGCGUUUAGUUACGUCUUCAAAAAAUCUCUUAAUAUAAAAAAUAUAUGUAUAUCAGACGUGUCUAAAUAUAAAACUAAGAUUUAAGAACAAUAGAAAACAAAUAUCCUAGUGACACACAACUAGUAAAGCGGUUUAAAACGUAUGCGGGCCAGGCUCAACAAUGCAUGAAAAAUGAGAAAUUUGUGAGGAAAAUGAAAUGAAAUAAAUAAAUAAUCACGCUUUUAACAUCCAAAGAACAAAUCAUAACAUCAAAUGAGAUUUACUGAAUACUACUUAGCUCUCUUCGUGCAAUCCUACAAGGCGCUGUGUUCCGGCAUUUAACUCAUACAUACAAUAACAUUCAGAAAGGCUUUCAGUGAACUAUCACUGCCUCCAUAAAAAUCAGCGUGAGCGUGUUAUUACUCCAAUAAUAAAACAUUACCGUCGAAUUGAAAUAAAAAUUAAAAAAAAAAACUUACCAAUUCAGCAACAAAAAGGAUUAUAAAUUAUAUUUUAUUUAACCCUCUCUACACAUUUCCUUCGUAUGUUGCCAUCCGUGCAGUUAGCAAAUUAACUAAAUUCUAAUUACGACUGACCAAGUCUAUCAUUCUUUCAACCGAAGUGUAUCCCCAGCGAUCAAAAGAACUACCACCACUACUACCAACAACAAGUAUUCCACGUGUAUUUAGCAACAUGAAUGCCCAAUCAAAAGGUUACCGCACCGGUGAAGAAAUCUACGAUAACAUUUCCUGUGAUGGCUUUUUCAACAUGAAUGCCAUGCGUAUUCAAACUACUUUUCCGCCAAUUGGCACUUUUACUUUGGAUUCUACGCUGGGUCCGCCACCGGCUCAAUCGCAAACUCAACCACCGAUAUCCCAGCAUCCUCCACAAAUUGGGAUUUUCGACGCUAAUGAGGUUCCGGAGAUCAUUCAAAAUCCGGCAACAAUCGGUGUAUUCCAAUCCAAUAGUGUUUUGAGCAAUGGUGGAGGUAGUGGUGGUGGGGGCGGUAAUAACUCCUCAUCAAUAUUUAGUUCGCAAUCGAGCUCUUCGUCAGCUGCCAACGAUCCAAGUCAAGCAACUCGUGAGACUGGAAUUAUUGAGAAACUUUUGCAUUCUUACGGAUUCAUUCAAUGUUGCGAGCGUCAGGCGCGAUUAUUCUUUCACUUCUCGCAAUUCAGCGGUAAUAUUGACCACUUAAAAAUUGGUGAUCCUGUCGAAUUUGAAAUGACCUACGACCGUCGGACAGGCAAGCCCAUAGCAAGCCAAGUAUCGAAGAUAGCUCCAGAAGUGGUGUUAUCAGAAGAACGUGUUACUGGCACUGUUACAACAGAACUUCGUACUGAUUGCGCUAACAAUUUACUUUCGUCGAACGAGACCACAGGACGCAUCAGCUAUGAAAACCGUGGCGAGUGCUUUUUCUUGCCAUAUACCAAAGAUGAUGUUGAGGGAAAUGUCAAUUUACGUGCCGGCGAUAAAGUCAGUUUUCAAAUUGCAACUAACCAAAGAGGUAACCUUGGUGCUUGCCACAUCCGUUUGGAGAAUCCAGCGCAGCCUGUUAAGUAUCGUGGUGUUGUAUGCUCCAUGAAAGAAUCCUUUGGAUUUAUUGAACGUGCUGAUGUCGUCAAAGAAAUUUUCUUCCAUUUUUCUGAAGCCGAGGGAAACGUUGAGCUACGCCCAGGCGACGAUGUUGAAUUUACCAUACAAACUCGUAAUGGUCGAGAGUUUGCUUGCAAUAUUACAAGAUUGCCCCCAGGAUCCGUUAUUUUUGAGGACGUUGAUACCACGAUCUACAAAGGGCAGGUGUUGAAGCCUCUUGACCGUAAUAAUCCAACCCGACAAACUAAUGACCCAUUGCCCGGUCGUAUACGGUAUCGAGCACCGGACUAUUCGGAAGUGGAAGUACCCUUUGGGGACAAAGAUCAGAAGGGUGACUUCACUUUGCGCCAUGGUGAUUGGGUUCAAUUUUUACUUGCCACUGAUAGGCGUGAUCAAUUGCAGCGUGCAACUUCGAUUUCUUUACUCGAUGAGACCUUUAAGGUUUCUGGUGAGAAGCGUGAGCAAGGUGUAGUUGCCUCACUUAAGGACGGGUUUGGCUUUUUACGUUGCGUUGAACGCAAUUUACGUUUAUUUUUCCACUUUACGGAGGUGUUGGAUACGAGUCGGGAAAUUGCUGUAAAUGACGAAGUUGAAUUUACCGUCGUUCAGGAGCCCGGUGUUCCAUACAACACAUCCCGUUUGCAUGCAAUUCGCAUAAAGCACUUGCCACCAAACACAGUGCAAUUUGAGAUGCUAAUGGCAAGUAAUAUUGAAGGUUCUGUAACGCGUGAGGCGCCUAAAAGUCCAAUCAAAUCCCAAGAUCGCGUUGAGGGCGGUGUGAUCACGUAUGAUCACGGUGAUGUCAAAAAGACUAUAAUGUAUUUCCUUAAAGACUGCGAGAAACCACCAAGAAUUGGAGAUCGUGUACGAUUCGAUAUCUACUUGGUAAAACGAAACAAAGAAUUCAUUGCUGUAAAUGUACAACUAAUUGGACAGAUGCAACAAAUUCAUCAGCAACAAUUGCAACAACAACAACAACAACCACAACAUAUGUUAACCAAUACAACGAACCAACUGCAACAUCAACAUAUGCACAACCAAAACAAUGAGCAAAUGCUACUGUCCAAUGGUGUCGGCGUUGGUCUCAAUACCGGCAUUGGUGUUAACGUUGGCAUCGCAGGUAACACCGGUGGCAUGUUGCCCCCACCACAGAACGGAUAUUUACCACUGACUAAUACAACUCAGCUGCUAUCCACACCAAAGAUUGAAGACUUCAAAUUGGACAAUAAUAACUUAGCAAUGAACGAACAUGGGCAAACUUACCGUGGCUUUAUUGCUGUCAUCAAAGAGAAUUUUGGGUUUAUCGAGACUCUUUCGCAUGAUGAAGAAGUCUUUUUUCACUUUAGCAAUUAUGUUGGCAACCCGAACUGGUUGGAAUUGGGUCAGGAGGUGGAGUAUACUCUUUCACCGAAUGGCAAUACUUCCGCCUCUGGAAACUGCUUGCCGGCCGAAAAUGUGCGCACACUACCAAAGGGUUCCAUUCCACAGCCAGUCAUUUUGGAUGGAACUCACAAUGGAAUAGUAGCUCGUCCACUGCGUUGUAUCAAUCCCGAUCAACAGGAAUAUGCUGGACUUAUAGAGGUGUUGGAUGAAACUAAACAAAGUGUUUUGACACAGCACGAAUUCGGAAUUACCAGUUUGGUAAAUAAGCGUGAUUUGUUACAGAAAGGUGACUUGGUCACUUUCAAGAUCGACGAAAUCGGACGCGCUGCGGAAAUAAAUGCUGUACGCCAAAAGAAACGUGCAACUGUUGAUUCAAUUAAAGGACAAUUCGGUUUUCUCAAUUACGAGAUCGAGGAUGGCAAAAAGCUCUUCUUUCACAUGUCAGAGGUGCAAGGUAAUGCAGUUGCUCUGCAUCCAGGCGAUACGGUUGAAUUUUCGGUGGUCACCAAUCAGCGCAAUGGCAAAUCUUCAGCUUGCAAUGUAGUGAAGAUUAACGAUCGUCCGGACCGCUUGAUAUCCCGCUUAAAGCUAAAUGCUGACGAUACUGUGCCACGAUUAAUCAUCACUCGCGCACCACGCGGACCACAGAGCAAGGGUUUCUUGCCUCAAGCACGUAUUGCACGCAUUCCAGGUAUUUUAAUUGAAUAGAAAGCUGCUGUAUACAAAUACGAUCUGGAAGGCGUUGUAGCCUUACACGAUUUAGUAUCCGCAACACCACAUGGAAUAAAAAAUGAAUAAACAUAAAUUGAGGGUGCAGGAUAAGCGAGAAGGAGGGAGGGGGCAAAUAAAUAUAAUUUAACAGAAUUUAUAAUGUAUAUGUAGGCAGUGUGGACGUGCUUGAGGAUAAAUAUUAGAAGAAGCAAAGAAAUGCGUAAGACCACAUCUCUUCCUCAGAAAAGAAAAUAAAUAUGGCAUAUUUAUUAAUAUGAAUACUAAAAUAACACAAUACAAAAUAUCUUAAAUAAAGGAAUACAGUAAUAAAAAAUAUGAA